AUGUCCGGUGUUGAACUUGACGAUGAUCAGUCGUCAGUAGUCUCGUUUCCCUUACCUCGUGAGGCAUACCUAAAAGGUCCACCUUCCGCGGUAAUGAGUAACGGACCUUCUGUGAUAUCCACCAUGACACACCAGACGAUCCAGCCUCCCCACGAGGCAAACAUAAAUUUCAAACCAACCACGACCGCAAUUUCGAAAAACUCCAAACUAAAGUUGCAUGUGUUGCUCGAUUCAACUAUUUAUACGGCUGGCGGAACGCUGAAUGGGAGACUGGUAUUGACGUGUUCAACUUCACGGUCGGUAAAACUUGGUGAAAUAUCUGCAGAGUUAACCGCUUACGAAGAAUUAUCAACUCGUGAAUACACCGCCACACAAUCGUUUCUCUCUUCACGUUUGGUUUUCCAAGGAUCAAACCUGCCGCCGUCUAACGCUGUUCAUGGCGCCAGAGACGAAAAUGGGUUUUGGUUGGCGAAGAAGGGGAAAACUACGUUUCCGUUCUCGUUUAAGAUACCUAUUGACGCGCCAAGUUCGGUGGUUUUCGGUAGCGUGGCGAGUUUGAGAUAUGUCGUGACUGGUGUAAUGCAGCUUUUUUACAACAACAGAGAAGACACUAUUUUCAAAUCAAAAGAGGCAUUUGUGGUAGAAGCAUGGGACGGGCAGAAUCCUGAAUACAAACAAUCAGUCGAGGGCAUGAACAUGAAACAACUGUGGAUGGGUGGAAACGGGCCUGUGAUGCUUGAGGGAACAUUGAUUGAAACGUUGUUCACUAGUGGUGGGAAUGUUAGCGCGCAAGUUAGAGUUCGGAAUGAUACAAAGAGACGAGUCCAAGGCAUCAAACUUGGAAUCCUCCAAAAACUAAUAAUCCUCGCAAACAAGAAUAAAAAAGAAGCGGACGACACGAAAGUCGUUUCAGAGACUGUCGCCGAGGAGUGGUUCAAGAAUAAAGAUUUUCUGUUUGAUUGUGGCGAAGAUCGAACUACCACGGUGAAUCUACAUGUGCCGAAUACUGUUCGCACAAUACGGAAUACUGCUCUGUUCGAAGUCACUUGUCAUAUUGUUGUUUCUUUGUAUUUGGGUCCUUUCACUAAGGACCUGACAGUGGAAUUACCCGCUAGUAUAUGCCACUCAGCCUCACUACAACCGCCACCCGUUGCCAACGUAGAACUAAACCAUUUUCCUAACCACUACAACAUGAUCGAUGAAACCCGAGAUUUUUUCGUGGAAGACAUUCGUAAAGACGAUACGGAAGAAUUAAUCGGUAGCCCAUCUCAACCAGUAGACAUUCCACAACGAACUCAAGGUUUACCAUGGACUAACGCGGCGACAGACCAAGACGCGUAUCGUGGUCGGCACUCACCAACCAAUAAUUCGGCCGGAUCCUAUAUUCUCGGAUCAGCGAGCCCAAAAAAACUAGGGUCGCUGGCAUCCUCGAUUCUUGGCAGAGGGACAAAACAAACACCAAGUUCAAGUCCAACAAAACUUAUUCCGAAAUCACCGCCGUUAGCUCCUGCUUCACCAUACGCUUACAUUCCGGCCAUUGAACGUGUUCGAUAUCUUGCCUUUCCUACACAGCAACAGGCCGCAAUUCAAGGCCGAAGGAUUCCGCAGUCCUCCACGCCAAGCGUUGGAUACGGGAUCUACAGUAAUGUCACCGUGAAUACGCCACCAGCACCAGGUUCCGAUUGUGAAUAUUUACUCCCAGAACCUAAUGUCUCCAUACAGAAGUGGUUAGAGAAUCAACAGCACCCUAUUUCAUGUUCUGAAUCUCCUGAGCGUGAAUCGGUUGUAAGUAAUUCUGUCGAUGCUUCGCCAUGGGCGAAACUUAAUCGUACCCAAGAAGUAGCCAAUUCUACUAUAAGUCAUCGGUCAUCACCAUCCGUGUAUGAUAAGCAACAACAGAAUGCGAUUCCGAUUCCUAUUCCUGUUUCAACAGCAAAUGAUCUACCUCAAGAUACUUUUCGACGAAAUGACAGUUUGGUUUCUUCGCCUACGGGUCCAUCGGGGCUUACAUUAUUAAUGAAACAGAAGUCAAGUUCACCCCCUUCGGUUAUCGAUCAAUUCGCAAAUACUACUAAUAACAAUAUGUAUCCGAUGAACUCUGCUUACAAUCAUAUACCAAAAGGACGUCCAUUACCGAAACCGCAUCGUCCACUGCCUAUACCGCCUUCAAAAAACACCGAAUCUCCGGGUCAAGAACAAAUUGUUAAUGAAAAACCAGCCAAAAGUAGAUAUCUGCAAGUACCGGGCGUGACAAGUUCAGCAAAUGAAAUUUCUGAGGAGUUCGCUAAUCCAGGCAGCAAUGAUGCAAAUGCUAAUGCAGGCGGAAUUGGUGGUUUAUCUUCUCUUUUAAAAUGGGGCACGUCUUGGAUGGGGUAUGGAAGUACCGAAGCGCAGAAUAAAGAAGAAACAAUAAUAAAAGAAGAAGCUCUCCAACAAAGCUCGAUAAAUAAUAUAAAUGAAAAAAAAGAGAUUGCAUCAGCAACUACAAAUCCGAACAUUAUCCAACCUAUAAAAUCUUCCAAUCCCGAUAAAUCGGCUUUAACUUCUAGCCCCAAUAAAUUAGUUUCAACCUCUAAUCCUGAUAAAGCAUCACUACAUGUAACAUUUGAAGAGAUUACACCAAAAUCGGAAAAUUUAGAUUCGACGGCUAUAGAACCACCCAGUGACAACAAAAUUUCAGAGAGUUCUACACCGCCACCUCCUCCUACACGACCUAUCACAAAGGCUUCAAUAUUCGCAGUUUUAGGUCAAAAACCACUUGGUACAUCACCUCCACCAAUCCCAAUAAAAAAUCUCGCCUUGCGAAAAUAUAAUCCGAGUGGGAAUAAUGGUAAGGAGCUAGCAGCUGCACGUUUUAGCCCUCCUAAGCAAAAAGGACUUCCGCAGGUUGCACGUAAACCACUAAGCGAAAACAAAUUUCUAAAUGAUGAUGAUAAAGUAGCUGUCACAGCAGCCGAAACUGAAACAGAAUACAUUGAUGAGAAACAAGCAUUAGUACUUAUCGAAAAUGUCGAAAAUGAUUUAAUUUUAAUCAGUAAUUCCAAUGAGACGGUAGAAAAUAAGAAUAAUGUUGAAGAUAUAGUGAAAGAAACGAAUUCAAUUCCCAUAAUUAAUUCUAACAAUGAAACCAGUGCCUCUGUAACUUCGAGCUCGCCUCCACCAUACAUUCAAUCAAAGAUUACAGCGGCACCGACAACAUAUGUGAACACCACUUUGCCGAAACCUAUAAUAGCCUUUGACAAAAUGGUCAAACGACGAAGGAAAAAAGUGGGCGUGGAGAAUAUUAGCGAAGAAGGAUUGACUGCAAAGAUUACUGAGCCACCGAAACAAGCGUUGAGUCCACGAAUCUUAAAUUUAAUGAAUCAGUUCAAUAAUGGUGGUGGUGAUGCGUCUAGCGGAUCUAAUAGUAAAUAA